UAUUGUUAUUCGGAUUGUUAUAGCAAUUUAUCAGUGACUGAAAGACUGAAUCUUCUUCAUGAGUUAAGCAAUGUCAGUUUUUUCUUCCAUUUUAAAUAUUUUGUUCAAAUAAGUUUUUUUAAAGAAUGAACCAUACCAAGUUUGUAUAAGUGAUGAUGUGAGUUGAGCGAACUGAAAAGAAAUUGUUCGAUGGCUUUUUUUCAUUAAAAAAAAAUUCCAUAUAAAAAGACCUUGUUCUAUUUAAAUUGUAGAAAAGAAUAACAUUUUUCAGCAGGCUGAUAAGAAUCCGGAACAUUAUUUUUACUCUUUCUCGCAAUCGAUUUCUCUGUUCUUUUUUUUAAUCUUCUAUCUAUGGGAAAGCGUAACACAUAAUUUGUGUUUGAUUAAGAUUAUACAAAGUAAAUGAUCAACUGAACGUGAACAAGUUAGAAGGCGUAUCGAAGUAAGCUGCAAUGAUGUCACAAAUAUCUCCACAAACAUUUCAAUGGAAAAACAUUGAAAAUCAAUUAUUUGGCACUUUUGCAGCAAACUUAAUCAUGCUUAGUCAAGGAUGCAUUUUCGGUUGGGCUAGCCCUGCUCUUUCGAAAUUAACAUCAGGUUCGACACAUUUACAAUCUGGUGCAUUAACAAGAGAACAGAGCGCAGAAGAUGCCAUUAAAUAUUAUAAAGGCUACCGAGGUUUGAGUGACGAAGAGCAUUAUGCUUUGUAUAAAGAGUGCGAACGCUUCAAAUCAAUUGCAUAUGAACACAAAGCAGGCGAAAAAUGUCAAAUAUCGGAUUUUUUUACCAACAGUGCGAUUAAAGGACUUAGUAUUGGUGUAGCCUUGCAUAUAUUUGCACAAUUUUCAGCAAAUAGUACAAUUACUACUUAUGCGGUGAUUAUUUUUCAAAAUGCUGGAACCGCUGUGGAUCCAUUCGUCUCAUCAAUUAUUCUGGCAAUUGCACUCUUUUUCGGUUCCCUAUCUACAACUUAUUUAGCCGAUCGCCUGGGUCGUAAAGUCUUAAAUAUUAUCUCGUUAACGGGUUCGGCGAUUGGUUUACUUGGAACAGCACAAUAUCAUUAUCUCUAUUUACAUGACUAUGACCUACAAGCAUAUCAAUGGAUGCCAGUGGCUAGUUUAUCUUUUGUUGUUUUUAUUAGCUCUGCCGGAACUAUGCCAUUAGCUAUAGUAUGCAGCGUCGAGAAUCUUCCGUUAAAAAUUCGAACAGUUGGUAUGUCGAUAAUCGCUUUCUCAUCUAGUAUUGCUGCGUUUAUAUCUGUGAAAUUCUUUCCGAUUCUUUUGGAUAUGCUGAGCUUAUAUGGAUGCUUGAUAAUUUAUGGAAUUGGUAGCAUUGUGGGGGCGUUUUUUGUUCAUUUUUUUCUGGAAGACACCAAUGGAAAAUCACUUGAUUGCGUUUGUAUAAAAGAAAGCCAUGCGAGAAAUAAUUACAAUACAUUCAAUACACAUUCUAGUAGAAUACCUUUAGUAUUGAACCGAAAAUAAAAUUGAUUCAACAAGGCAA